AUGAUUAUAUUAAUCUGAAAAUUUAAAACAUAAUUCUAAAGAAUAAAAUACAAAAGAAUCUUAAAGUAAAAUUUUCAUGUAAUAUAAACUACAUGAGAUCAGUUUACAUAGUGAUGAAAGGAUAAAAUUUUUUUUAAAUAAGAAAUAAAAAGAAAAAUCUUAUGGGAUGUGAAAAAAAGAAAAUAAAUAAAUUAGGCAGUAUUUUCUUAAUAUCGUAGAAAAAAAAGAACGAAGAAAAUAAAUAUUGUCUAUUAUACAUAUUUACAUAUCUAUAUGUAUAUGCAUAUAAAAACGAAUCUACAAUAUUUCUAUUUUAUUGGAUUGUAAUUUUUGUUUAACACAAAAGUUGGAACAAAAUUUUUCUAUAAUAAUGUUGAAAUUAUUCUUAACAUUUACAAUUCUUAUUUAUUUAUGUAAUGGUAAUUUAGCACCAAUUUUUACAAAUAUAACUGAUAAUUUGACAUUAUCUGAAUCCACACCAGUUGGAAGCGUAGUAUUUAAUUUAGAUGCAUAUGAUCCAGAAGGUGAAAAUGUAACAUUUGACUUGGUUUCUGAUUAUUUUCAAGUGAAUUCAAAAACUGGAGCAAUCACACUAAUAAAAAAAUUAGAUCAUGAGAAAGAACCAAAAUUUCAAAUAACAGUUUCACUGAAGGAUAAAUCUGAACAAAUGAAUGGUGACAAUGAAGAAAAAAUAUACAAUGAUGUUCAAGUACCAAUAAAUGUUUUAGUUUUAGACGAAAAUGAUAGACCACCUGUUUUUCAAAAUACACCUUAUAUUGCUGAAAUUUCGGAAGAUGCACCAAUUGGUUCCACAGUUUUUGCAAAUAUAAAAGUAACUGAUAUUGAUACUGUUGGUGAAAGUUUAGAAAUUUCUUGUAUUGACAGUUCAGAAUCAUCCGAUUCUUGCACAAAAUUUGAUGUGAUAGUUGUAAGCAACACUCCAAAUGAGUUAAUAGCAAAAGUUGUAACAAAAGGAGAGUUUGACUAUAAUGAAAAAUCAAAAUAUUUUUUUAAUUUAACUGCAACUGAUGGAAUUUAUUAUACAAAUGAGACAUUUGAAGUGCGUUUAAAAGAUGUUCAAAAUAAGCCACCAGUAUUUGAUAGUCCUUUAGUAGCAAUAAUUGAUGAAAAUGCUCCAAUUGGUACAACAGUAUUAAAAAUACAUGCGCAUGAUGCCGAUACAGGAGAUCCUAGAAAAAUAUAUUAUGAUUUGUUGACGAAUCCAUUAGAUUAUUUUCUAUUAGACAGUAAAACUGGGGAGCUUAAAACAGCAAGGCCAUUAGAUAAAGAAGCUGUAGUUGAUCCUAUCGGAAAUAUUACUUUAACCAUUAGGGCAAGGGAAAUUAUAGAUGGUAGUCCUAGUUCAAAUGAUUCUACGACAGCUAUAACAAAUGCGUAUGUAAUUUUGAAAGACAUAAACGAUACACCCCCAACAUUUAAUAAGAAAGAAUAUAAUGUCACUUUGUCUGAAAAUACUAUACCAGGAACAGUUAUAUCUAAUCUGGAAAUGAACGUAACCGAUGCUGACGAUGACAUGAAUUCCAUUUUUACUUUGGAGUUAAAUGAUGUGUCGGGUGCUUUUGAUAUAGAUCCUAAAGAAGUUCAUAAAACGGCUAAUGUAACACUUCGUGUUAAAAAUGCAGAAUUAGAUUAUGAAAAUCCAAAUCACCGAAAAUUUAUUAUAUUGAUUAUUGCUAAAGAAACUCAUACAAAAGAAAGAUUAAGUUCAACGGCAACGAUUACUGUUACCGUAACUGAUGAAAAUGAUAAUAAACCAAUUUUCGAGCAAGAUUCAUACACAGCGUCUGUAUCAGAAUCUGCUGAUCCAGAUGCAUUUAUUGCAACAAUCAAAGCAAAAGAUAUAGAUUCUGGGGAUUAUGGUGAUGUUGGAAUUCGUUAUUCAUUAUCCGGCACUGGCUCUCAUUUAUUUAAUGUGGAUGAAAAAACUGGAGUUAUUACGUUAGCAAACUGCCAUAUGCCUCAAAACGCUAUAGUACGGAAAAAAAGAGAGCAGUAUGAUUCAUCAAAUGGAAAUUUAAGUUCUGACAUAUCUGUGAUGCAGCCCUCAACUUUAGAUGGCCCAGAUAAUCAAAAAUCUGGGAAAAGCUUAGAUAUAAAUAGCAAGUGUUUAGAUUAUGAAACAGAAAAAGAAUAUAGACUAGCAUAUAAAGCUACAGAUGAUUUAGGCAAAGGCCAAUCCGCUGUUGUUCCUCUAAAAAUUUUAGUAGUAGAUGCAAAUGAUUCGCCACCAAUAUGUGAUAUACCAAUUUAUAGAGCUGUAAUUGACGAAGGAGCUAAAUCAUUUGAAUAUCCCUUAAUUAUUAGAGCAAGAGAUGCUGAUACUGUUUCAGAAGUCACUUAUAGAAUUAUAGGAAAUGAUACAAUUCAUAAUUUAUUUGAUAUUGAUAAACGUUCUGGGCAGAUAACACUCCGGCCAAAUGUUACACUUGACGUAAAUAAUCUUAAUACUUCUCUAUUUUUUGGAGUGGAAGCGAGUGACGGAAAAUUCAUAACUACAUGUACUGUUGACUUGACGAUACGUGAUAUCAAUGAUCAUGCACCUGUAUUUAUGCAACCUUUGUACGUAAAAUCUAUAGAUGAAACUGCAGAAAUCGGAACGAUUAUAGAGAAGAUUAUUGCAACUGAUACUGAUAAGGGCAUAAACGCGGAGAUAAGAUAUCGAAUUGAGAAUGGUAGUUCAGGAGAUUUUGAUAUUGAUGAAAAAACUGGAAUCGUUACUGUCAAACAUAAAUUGGAUUUCGACCGUCGAAAUACUUAUCAAAUGGAAAUCAUUGCUUCAGAUUCAGGUAUCCCAAGUUUAAGUAGCACUGCCACAUUAAUUGUUAAUGUAAUGAAUACAAAUGACAAAGAUCCAUACUUUACACCAAUUAUUCAGGAAACGAAGGUAAUGGAGAAUACCACGAUAGGUACUACAGUUCACAAAUUGGUAGCUAUUGAUCCAGACAUAUCGUCACACGAUGCCCUGAAAUUUGCCGCUACAGAACCCAUAACUGUAAUAGAUGAAGAUGGCAAUAACAUAAUGGAAAGUACAGAGCAAUUAGGGCAAUACUUUUCUAUAGAAUCAAACGGCGACGUUAUUUUAAUGCGACCUUUAGAUAGAAAAAAGUUUGCGACUAUUCAUUAUACUGUUUUGGUGACCGAUAGUACUGCUCCAUCGAUUCAACAGGGGAAAGGAGAAUUAAUAAUUAGUGUACUUGCAGUCAAUAGACACCCGCCAAAAUUUGUUGAGCCCUGGACACCAGAAAACCGUAGAAUAUUAUAUCAAAUUCCGGAAGAAACUCCAAUUGGAAGCACGUUAACCACACUUCAAGCAUAUGAUCAAGAAUCGGUGAUCGGUGAAUUUAAAAUAUCGUCCAAUAACUAUUUUGUGAUCGAUAAUUCGACUGGCAAAAUCACAACAAUUUCUCGUAUUGAUUAUGAGGAGGUUCAAGAAAUCAAUUUUAUUGCCACUGUAUCAGAUGUCGGAGUUCCGCCAUUAACUUCUACAGCAGAAGUUACAGUGAAUCUAAUAAAUUUAAAUGAUAAUUCUCCUACAUUUGAACAAGAAUUUUAUAUAUUCAAUAUCACUGAAAAUUCUCCGCCAGGAACGGUGGUGGGAAAAGUGCAAGCUCAUGAUGUCGACCUUGAAUUUUUUGGAGAAAUCACGUAUUCGUUGAAUGGCGAAAAUAGUAUUUAUUUUGAAAUCGAUUCUUUUACUGGAAGUAUACGAGUUAAAGACUCAUCAAUAUUGGAUCACGAAAAAAAUAAAUUUGUAAAUCUAACAGUAAUUGCUACAGAUAAAGCUCCCGUUCCGUUGCAAAAAUCAGCAAGUGCUAAUAUAUUCAUCAAUGUUCUGGAUGUUAACGAUAAUUAUCCAUUGUUUACAAAAGAAGUCUACACAGCUAGAGUUCCUGAAAAUGCGUCACUUAAUCCACCAGACUAUAUAUUGAAAGUAACUGCGGAAGAUUUAGAUCAGGGAGUGUUUGGUGAUAUUAGAUAUUCGAUUGUCUCAGGUAAUGAAGAUAAGCUUUUCAGAUUAGAUCAAAUGUCUGGAACAAUAUAUCCAUACGAAAGUCUACAGGGAAGAAAAGGUGUUUAUUCAUUAAGAAUAGAAGCUCGUGACAAUCAGGGCUCAGGUCAUAAUCCUAGCUUUGCAAGAGCUGUUAUAGAAAUUUAUGACGUAAAUCAACAUCAACCUAAAUUUGUGGUACCUUCUGAGCAAAAUACUACUCUAGAACUUUACACUGAUAUUCUGGAGGCUGGCCAUUUGUUAAUGACCGCAAAAGCAUAUGAUAAUGAUACAAACGAGAACGGAAAACUUUCAUUUUACUUAAGAUUUAAUGAUGAAAAUCAAGAUGAAACCAACGAAUUUAAAGUUGAUUCUACGACUGGAGAAAUCAGAACAAAAAUCGAUUUGAAACGCAAAGAACAGUCUGAGUAUGGUUUCGAAAUAGUUGUGAGAGACCAUGGAACACCAACACAGCUCGAAUCAACCAGUUAUGUGAAAUUGAUACUAUACGACGCAAAUGGCAAUCGCCCGGAAUUCCCUACUGAAUUAAAUCCAUAUAAAAUUUCCAUAAAUGAAAAUAGUGGAAAAGAUGUGAGAAUAGGGAAAGUUGAAGCUUUUUACAGAAAUAAAAAUUUGAAGGAUAUAUACUAUUAUUUAAUUUUGGGAAAUGCGGAUGGGGCAUUUUAUAUAGAUAAAACUACCGGAGAAAUAUAUACAAAUAAGUCGUUAGACAGGGAAACCACCGAUUCAUAUACUUUGUAUAUUUUGGCAAGUAACAAACAAGAUUUGUAUAUAUCAGAGGCUGAAAGAGCUUCAUAUACUAUAAAAUCUUUAGAAAGCGAUGUCCGAGUCGCAACAGUUAAUGUAACUAUUCUUGAUGUUAAUGACAACGAACCAACAUUUGAAAAACCUUCAUAUUACGCCGGUGUCAAUGCUAAGUCAACUCUAAAUGCCUAUGUGGCCCAAGUAAAUGCAUCUGAUAAAGAUUUUGGUGAAAAUGCAAAAAUUGAGUAUUUUAUUAUUACAUCAAAUCUUUAUAAAUAUGGAUCGUCAAAAGCAACCGGUUCUAUUGUCCCAAGUCCAUUUACCGUAUCUCCAGAAGGAAGAAUAACAACGGCAACUUUUGUAGCUGAAUAUAAUCAAGAUAGAUUUGAAUUAGAAGUUAUUGCAAAGGAGACACAGCCACCUGAACGUCAUGCUAAAACAAAAGUUUAUGUUUGGAUAUACGAUUCUUCGCAAUUGAUUCGCGUGAUUUUAUCAAGACCACCUACUGAAGUGCAAAUAUAUCAGGAUGAAAUUGUAUCCGAACUGAGAAAUGCAACAAAUAGUCGAAUAAUUAUAGACGAAUUACGUUAUCAUGUUGAUUCAACAGGUGGAAUACGAGAAGAUUGGUGUGAUUUAUUUUUCCAUGCCGUUGAUUUAGAAACCCAACAGAUAGUUCAAGUAGAAGAUAUUUUGAAAACCAUUGACGCAAGCUAUGAUUACUUAAGAGACUAUUAUGCUGGAUUUGCAAUAGAAAAUGUAGUUCCAGCUCAUGUUACAGUUGUUGAAGAAGAGUUUGAUUUGGCGCUAGCUGGUUUAGCGGCUUUAAUCAUUGUGCUAUUCGUUGCUGUGGUUAGUUUUAUAGUAUGUUGCUUAUGCUUAAAACAUUGGAACUUAACUGUCCCAAUGGAAAAAAAAAGAAAAGAGACUUUAAUCAAAAAACAAAUCAUUGAAGAUUUAAAUACGACAGAAAAUCCGUUAUGGAUUGAACAAAAAUUAAAGCUUUAUGAAGAACAAGAAUUAACAAUGCAAGUGUUUUCAGAAGCUGAACAAGUUUCAGCAUCAGAUACCAUUCCGAGUGUAUUAGAGAGAAAGGAUUCUUUCGAAAAUUUACAUGCUGUAGAUAAUACAUAUGCAACUAUUCAACCUAGACAUAAUACAGCUCCUAGCGAAAUUGCUGAUUAUGCAACCUUACGUAAUAAUAGAAUUCCAUCAACUUAUGAGUUUACUGGUUCAACAUUCCAAGUUCCGAUAAGAGAAGAUGAUGCAGUAGCAGAACUUAUUUAAUUUUUUUUCCAUAAUUUUAGACUAAAUAAAAAGUGUGGAUUGAGAUUGAAAAGUUGUAUAUAUAUAUAUAUAUAUCUCCAUCCAAAUUUUAUUUUAAUAUUUAUAUAAAUAUGUAAUUUUAUCUUUCUCCAUGCACAUCAUAUUAAUUUAAUUUUUUUUUUGUUGAAUAAUUUCACUAUUCAUCUAUAUAUUCAUAGUGUAAAAAGUUUAUUGUUAUAUAAAGUCAUUAAUCUCAUCUAUAAUGCACAAAAGUUCCUGUGUCAAAUAGCUCAUAUUUAAAUGAUGUAUAGAAAAUUUAUAAGAAAUCUUUUUUAUUUACUUUUACGUUCUACUUAUUAUAUUCAAAUUUACUACUACUUAUUUUAAGUAAAUUAUUAGCUCAAAAUUAAUAUAAUUGCUCAAAAAUAUAAUUUUGUAAACAAAAUUAUUAAACACUCAAAAUCAUAUGAGAUUUUUUUGAAACCGGGACUCCAGAAUACAGUGACAUAUUAAAAAAAUACCGUUUUUUUGUAAAUUUGCAGAUUUCGUACUGUAAAAAUAUUAAUUUACUUUUACUUAUUUUCAAUAUUUAGUAGAUUUUUGAAAGUAGUGUUUAUGAAACGUUAACUUGUUUCAAAAUAUAAUAAUGCUGAAAUUCCUUCCAUUUUAAUUAAAACUUUUGAAUAUUAUUAAUACUUAUAUAUAAAGUAUAAUUGAACAAGAGCACGUACAUAAAUGUCCGUCCAUAUUAAUGAAAUAUUUUUAAGAAUUUUAAUAUAUAUAAUUACAUAUACUUAUGUAUAAAAUUUAUAUAUUAAAUAAAAUUGUGCCUUUUUUACUUUUGUGUUAUACAUUUUUAUGAAUGCACAUAAUGUAUGUAUUAAAAAAAUAUGUAUAUUUAUUGAACGAAUGUAAUUAUUUUAUUAUUCUUAUUUCUUAAAUAAUACUCUAUAUUUUAUAUAAAAUUUUAAGCCAUGUUAGAUAAUAUCGAAAUUCUCUUUUUUUUUUAAUAAAUUAAUAUUUAGUGGUAUUUUAUUUUUUCUGUAGAUACUCAAUGAAAUUUAGUUUUAAUUAGAAGUUUAAAUUUUAUUUUAAUUUUUGAGUUAAAUUAUGCGAAAUAAAUUUAUAAAUAAAGCUUA